AAUUGAUUCUCCAACUGAUUUCAUUAUUAUUGUAAAAUUGUUGGCCGGACGUUUUGUUGACAAAGUUUUAAAAACUGUAGAAAGAUGCCGGCUUUAGAUAAAAGGAAGGGUGAUGAUAUUCUUGCUCUCGUUCCCGCUUCGAAGAGAACUAAAAAUGAAGUGGUGUUCAGCAGCAGAGAAAAAGCCGUUGUCCAAAGUGGCCCACCUAGAACGUCGUCCUUAAUGGCUCCGAUAAUGUUACUCGAAGGCCACGGAGGUGACAUUUUUGCCCUAGAAUUUCAUCCAGAGGGUCAAUACCUUGCUUCAACAGGCUUUGACCGACAAAUCCUCAUUUGGAAUGUUUAUGGAGAAUGUGAAAACAUCUCUGCAAUGUCAGGCCACAGUGGCUCCGUUAUGGAGAUGCAUUUCAGUCCAGAUGGAAGUAAUUUGUACACAGCCAGCACAGAUACUACAUUGGGUCUCUGGGAUCUUGCAGCUGGAACAAGAAUAAAAAAACUCAGAGGUCAUACAUCUUUUGUGAAUUCUGUGUCUGGAGCUAGAAGAGGACCAACGAUGCUUUGCUCCGGUGGUGAUGACAGCACAAUCAGAGUCUGGGAUCCGAGAAAAAGGGGACAAUGUUACACAUUGAAUAAUACUUACCAAGUGACAUCAACAACUUUCAAUGAUACAGCAGAACAGGUCAUUAGCGGUGGAGUCGACAAUGACAUCAAAGUUUGGGAUCUCAGAAAGAAUGCUGUUUUAUACAAAUUGAAAGGACAUUCCGACACAGUCACGGGGCUCAGUCUUAGUCCUGAUGGCUCGUAUAUUUUGUCAAAUGCUAUGGACAAUACCCUCAGGAUAUGGGACGUGAGGCCUUUCGCACCAUACGAAAGAUGUGUUAAAAUUCUUUCUGGACAUCAACACAAUUUUGAAAAGAAUCUUUUGAGAUGCGCCUGGUCUCCAGACGGGAGUAAAGUUUCUUCGGGCUCUUCGGAUCGUUUCCACUAUAUUUGGGACACGACCACACGAAAAAUUCUUUACAAGUUACCUGGCCAUAACGGAUCCGUCAAUGACAUUGAUUUUCAUCCGAAAGAACCAAUUGUUUGCUCAGGCUCUAGUGACAAACAGAUUUACCUUGGUGAAAUCGAGACAUCCAGCUGAACAUCCUAAUCCUCAUCAAAAUGUCUUAUAUCGAUUCUUCGUAAUAGAUUAUAAAUGAAGAUUAAUUAAAUGGGGGUGAAAUAUAAGGAAUGAAAAAAAAAAGAAACAGUUGUAAUUAUACUGAGCGUGUGAAUGAAAGUCCAAAUACAACUUCUGUAAACUUUGGGAUAAAAAAACAAAGAUUCAUUCAGCAGUAAAUUGUACGAUCGCAUUAAAAUCAAACUGUUUGAAAGAAA